AUGAUGAAGGCAAUGAUGGAUAGCAAGGACGUCACUGGCGUCUCCGGCGACCUCAUCGACAUCAAGAUGCUCGACUUCAGCGAGGACAGGACGAUGGCGUACAGCGCCGUGGUUGCGUCCGCCACUUUCUCGUACAAGGGCACGCCGAACGACGACGUGUACGUGUUCACCAACGUUUUCAAGAAGGUGGACGGCGUUUGGGAGACGGUGUGGGGCCAUCGCAGCACCGGCAGGUCCCCGGACGAGGACCCUCCCGCGCCCUGGCCGUGA